AUGACCGUUCAUGCGACAGGCUCCUGUUGCCAAGACAACGUCGCUCCCCAUUGGCCCACGCCGCGCCACGUGACGCACGGUCUUGACGUCACGCAGUCCAAAGCGCCGCUGCCCCCCCCCCCCCCUCACCUCCCCCCCAGCCUCCGCACACGCUCGGCAGCAGCAGCAGCAGCAGCCAUGGGCAAACAGAACAGCAAGCUCCGCCCGGACGUCAUGCAGGACCUGAUGGAGAACACCGACUUCACCGAGCACGAGAUCACCGAGUGGUACAAGGGCUUCCUGCGGGACUGCCCAAGCGGCGCCCUCUCCAUGGAGGAGUUCAAGAAGAUCUACGCCAACUUCUUCCCCUACGGCGACGCCUCCAAGUUCGCCGAGCACGUCUUCCGCACCUUCGACGCCAACGGCGACGGCACGAUAGACUUCAGGGAGUUCAUCAUCGCUCUGAGCGUGACGUCCCGCGGCCGGCUGGACCAGAAGCUGAAGUGGGCCUUCAGCAUGUACGACCUGGACGGGAACGGCUACAUCAGCAAGGCCGAGAUGCUGGAGAUCGUCACAGCCAUUUACAAGAUGGUUUCCUCUGUGAUGAAAAUGCCCGAGGACGAGUCCACGCCCGAGAAACGCACAGAUAAGAUCUUCAGGCAGAUGGACACAAAUCGAGAUGGUAAACUGUCCCUGGAGGAGUUCGUGGAAGGAGCAAAGAACGACCCGUCCAUCGUGCGACUGCUGCAGUGUGACCCCAGCAGCGCCGGGCAGUAGAAAACUGGACUCCUCCCACCACCCAUAACACAUUUUCAAAGUCUUUCCCAUCAGACCCGCCCGCUGAUUCGAUCGCGUUUUAAUAUACUCCCGCCCCCUGACCCCCAGAGGAAGACGACCGUGCCCGCACACACAGAUCCAGCCCAGUCGAAAGCUCCACACAGACGUGGGCCUCACACGUGGUACAGAUACGACUCAGAAGGACUGAAAUCCCAUCAAAGACUUGUUCAAAUCCAAGAUGUCUCCGCUUCGUCCGAGAGGAAAGUCAGCCGGGACGCUCCAGCCCAAUCCAAGUUUGAUGGUUUUAUUUCCUUUUUUU